UUUCCUGUAAUCGCAGAGAGCGCGACUGGCAGCGACGUUGGUGUCGAGGUAGCGACGGAUUUGUCGUCGUUGCGUUCAGUUCUGCAGUGUGAUCAUCAGGGAGACAGCAUUGCAAAUGUAAUCACGCAAUUGCUGCAAAUUUACCGACCGGAAGACGAUAUCGUCGCGUACGAACGUGUGCUGAAAAAGGUGCAAGGCUUGUUGAGAAACUGCGAUUCUCCCCGAAAGCGAUUACUAUUCUCAAUGAUACCUGCGCCAAAGGAUGUGCCGAAUUAUCGGGUCGCGGAGGUGUUCGACGCAACUACCGGCUUCGUCAGAUCCAACCCUCAGAGAAACGGCGCGCCUCAAAGUACGCUCGACGCGGAGAAUCCGCUCGAGAUAAUGGAUAGUUAUUCGACGUCGCAGCAGAACCUGCCACGCGACCAGGUCGCGUCGGCUUCCAAGUCGUCUGAGGGUUUUCUCUUCCGCGGCUUCGCCGAGAACGAAAUUUCCACGACGAUCCGCAACCACGUAAAAAAUGUAAAGCAUAUGUACGGACUUGUAGAGUGCGACUCCCCUCGCUUGGAAGUUCCACUUGACGAUAGCUCAAAUCCCUCGUCGCGUGCUGAUCGGCAGGCAGAUUCGUCGAGCCGUCGGCCGAAUGAUAAUCCACAGAAUCGCUCAGACGGGAGCAAGUGUCAGAUGUCAAUUUGCCGGCAAUAUCUGCUUAAUAAGCGAUGUCGCGCACCUGCUGGGUGCACCACCAGCGAGUCGCAGCCUCGUUAUUCACCUUGGACGGCGUAUCAGGAAACAAGCUCCGCGAAGAUGUGCGAUAAUACUGAGACAAUAUUGGAUCUAUCUCGAGAUAAAGCUCCCCGACUACUGAAUAACGUUAGAUACAGUUACAAAAAGUGUGACGAUACCGAUGCGUUUGAUAAAAAACCUGGCGGGUCGAACGUCGAUCAGAAGAACGCACAGACGAUUGAGCAAGAGACGAUCAAGGACAGUAUACGCAAGAUGGACGACGUGUGCUGGGAGGACGAGGAUCGGAGCAUUUUCGUAGACGUACUGGAGACAAAAUGCGCGGAAUAAUCGUUAAAAAACAUUUCUCUUUUGCAGCUUCUAA